AAGUAAGAACACACUGAUACCGGCGCGGGGGCGGCGAGGAGUCGAAGCGCUUCACCAAAAAUGGAUUCCUCCGCCGAUCGCGCCGAGGAUAAGAGAUCUGAAGGCGAGCGAUCUACCGAGUACGCCCCCUACCCCACGCUCACCGCUGAGGACGUCGCGCCUCCGCCUCCGCCCUCGGUCGUGGCUGAUCCUCGCGAUGCCACCUCCAUGCCGGCGGAGUCUAAUCCCUAUAUCACCUCUUCUCCUGUUAGCAAGAGUACGAUGGAUACAGUGAGGGAAGCUCUGGGGAAUUUUGGGAAGAGGGUCAGCGACGCAGCGAAGAAGACUGAGGGCCUCGCUGGGGAUGUUUGGCAGCACUUGAAGACGGGCCCUAGUGUCGCUAAUGUAGCAAUGGGAAGGGUUGGGCAGAUAUCCAAAGUCAUAGCUGAAGGAGGUUAUGAACAAGUUUUCGUACAAUCUUUUGAAGUUCUUCCAGAAGAAAAACUGAAAAAGACGUAUGCUUGCUACUUGUCAACAUCCGCCGGCCCUGUUAUGGGAGUUUUAUAUCUCUCAACUGCCAAACUUGCAUUCUGCAGUGACAAUCCUCUCUCAUAUAAAGUUGGAGAUAAAACUGAAUGGAGCUAUUAUAAGGUAGCAGUUCCUGUUCAUCAACUAAGAUCAAUUACUCCUGUAACAAGCACAGCAAAUGCAGGAGAAAAGUACAUCCAGGUCGUGUCCGUCGACAAUCAUGAGUUCUGGUUCAUGGGUUUUGUCAACUACGACAGUGCCGUUAAAAAUCUACAAGGAGCAGUGCAAAGUGGCCAUUAACCAACCUUGCUGGUGUUAAUGAAAUCGGACUUGCACCUCGAAUGAUUGUCUCGAUGCAUGAUUGUAUGGUUUGAAUAAGAUUGCGUAUUUAAUUCAGCUGUUUGUAUGUAGACAGUUUUCCACUUGUUGUCGUUGUGCCCCACCAUGCAUACGUAUUUGCCCCAGAUAGCUGAAAAGGAUGGGAAGCUUUUGUCCAA